UCAACAGUUUUCAAGUAGAGAAGACCAAAACUUUGUUAGCUUCGCCGCCAUGGCCUCCGCGCUCGAGUGCUGGUCCAACCGUAAUGCCGGUAACUGCCACGACGAUGAUUUCGUAGACCAAGUGCUCAUGUGCUCUGACGAUAGGUCGGAGUCACUCACAGCUGCUCCGCCUUCCGAUCAGACCUCCUCCGCAAUGCAAAAGCGGUUUCAGCGUCUCGGGCGCAACGUCUCCGAAGCGAUCGCGUCGCUCAAGAACUCUCUCAGCCUUGAUUCGGCGCGAGACAACCAGAAUGCAUCCGCCGGGGGAGGAGGCCGGAAGCUCGUGUGGGCAACUGUUGUGAGGAACCUUGCUAAAAUGUAUCCUGGAAGCCAGUUGCCUGAUAAGCUCGUCUCUAAUCUUAGGAAGCAUUACGAUUCUUUGCCUCUCAGUUAUAGUCAGACAGGGUUCGAUAUGAAAGAUGUAUUUGUACACAUAAAGCUGAUAGAGCAAACUUCUGGAGAUGAUAAUCCUGUGUUUGUGAUUCAAGAGGUGUGUGAUGAGGAAGCUGAUUCUCAGGGUUCUGUGUUCAAGCUCACAUUUGCUUGUAGUUCUUCGCUUCCAUGGUCAACCAUUUCAGGGUCUCUUGAUAGUGCUUCAAUUUGUUGUAAGAAAGUACAAAUCUUUGAGAAGAAGGGAUUGACUCUUGGGGUUGUUCUUCUUCUCGUCGAGUCCGGACAAGAAAAAUUGUGCAAAAUUAAGAUAGAGAAUGCCCUUAAAUCUGCGGUAAGGAAACCAAAGUCAACCUCUGUGAAGCUCCCUUUUGGACUUUGUGGCUGUCAAGAACAGAACGCAGGUGUAGGAGAAUUUGGGGAUGUUGAUGUAGAGUCCAUUGAUCAAUGCUAUAUACAUGAGUUGGCAAAUCUGAAUACUAGGAUCCAACUUCAAAUGCCACCUCCAAACACUUCGUUUUCUGUAUCAGUGGAUGAAUGGCAGACCAUCCAAUCAGGCGAUGAUGAUAUCAGGAAAUGGCUACUGAAUGCAGAUGAUCUCGAGUUUAGUUGUCAGUUAGGACCAAAUUCAUUUAAAGGACUUUACAGAGGAUUAAAGGUGGCCAUUGAGAAACUAAAAGGCUGCGAUAAGGGGAAUUCAUAUGAGCUUGAGAUUCGAAAAGAUUUCUUGGAGCUGAUGACCUGUGGACACAAGAGCAUUCUGCAGUUUUAUGGUCUCUGCAUCGAUGAAAAUCAUGGAUUAUGCGUCGUAACAAAACUUAUGCAAGGUGGAUCACUCCGUGAACUGCUGGUGAAGAAAAAGAAGCUUCAGACUAAGAUGAUAUUUCAAAUUGCUGUUGACAUAGCAGAAGGGAUGCAGUUCAUUUGUGAUCAUGGUGUUGCAUAUAAAGACCUUAACACACAGAGAAUACUAUUAGAUAAGCAGGGCAAUGCCUGUCUGGGUGAUAUGGGAAUAGUCACUGCAUGCAGGAGUUUGAAUGAGGCCAUGGAGUACGAAACAGAUGGCUAUAGAUGGCUUGCACCCGAGAUAAUCGCGGGAGACCCGGAGAAGAUGAGAGAGAGUUGGAUGAGCAAUGCAUAUAGCUUUGGGAUGGUGCUUUGGGAGAUGGUGACAGGGGAGGAGGCGUAUGGAUCUUGCUCGCCAGUGCAGGCGGCGGUUGGGAUUGCAGCGUGCGGUCUAAGACCAGAGAUUCCAAAGGAGUGCCCUCAAGUUCUCAGAUAUCUUAUGACCAAAUGCUGGAACACUUGCCCCUCUACACGCCUUAACUUCUCUCAAAUCCAUUGCAUUUUGCUCCGUGCCAUCUCACGGUAAUCACUCUCCUCUACGUAGCAAUUGGAAGAGUGCCUUUUUUUUGGAAGAAAUCUUUAGAAAACAUAUAGUUUUUGUGGGUAAGAGCAUAGCUAUGAUGAUGAUUAAGCUGAGACGAAGAAGAAGAAGUGGUUGGUGUAUAUUUUGGUUAGAUCAGAAAGGAAUGUUGUAGAGUAACAGAUUCAUUAUAGGCCUGUUUGUAAGCCCACUUUUGGUUUUACACUUUAGUUUACAUUGUAAAUGGGCUUCACUCCUUCCCCAAAUUGUACUUUGACCAAUAUGAAUGAACUUUACUCGUAAAGCUUUCAAAUUAGAACUGUUCAAAAUGGUGUA